AUGCUGUCGAGCCUGAACGUCCGGGGCUGCCCGCUGGUGCGCUACGGCAAGGCGUCGUGCGCGGUCAAGAAUGAGGACGUGUGCUUCCUGCAGCAGGACGCCACGUGCAAGGCCGCCGGCGCGCGGUUUUCGUUCUACUGCAUCUGCGACGGUCACAACGGCCCCGCGGCCGCGCGGUUCGUGGAGCAGACCCUCAUCUCGGAGGUGAUGGACAGGCUGCCGUCCAUGCAGCUGCCCAAGGCGUUCCAGACGGCGGAGGGCAAGAAGUUUGCAGCGAAGAUCAGUGAAGCCAUCAUUGAUGCGUUUGCGGCAAUCGACACCAUCUGGCGUUCCCAAAACAUAGUUUCAGGCACCACCGUGACCGUUGCAGUGGUGGUGGGAUGGCUCCUAACUGUGGCCAACAUUGGAGACUCCCUAGCCUUCCUUCGCACCGCUGGGAGGGUGUACCCUAUGACUGCCAAUCACCGCCUUGCAUCCAACUCCUCUGAAGUCAGCAGGCUUAAGAAUGCAGGCGUUCAGGUCGCCAGGGUGUCCCAGGGAUUGGAUGGCCCAGCGGCAGAAGAUGGCACAGGUUUUGGACCACUCAGGGCAUGGCCAGGAGGGCUGGCAGUUGGCAGAUCAUUGGGGGACAUUGACGCAUGUCCAGAGGUGGUGUGCAGGCCACACAUCAAACAGGUUGUAGUGCACUCUGAGUUGGGCGCCCGCCUGGUAGUGGCGUCGGAUGGGCUGUGGGACAUGUUGAAGCCCAAGAAAGUGAUGUCCAUCAUCAAGACCCCGACUGUGGAUCGUGCAUCGACCAAGCUGGUGUCCACUGCCAAAAGGGCAGGGGGCGGCGUGUUGCACGAUGACAUCUCGGUGCUGGUGCUGGACAUCGUGCCUACAAGCAUGAAGGAUGCUCCAGCACCCAAGCACAUAAGAAAGAACGUGGCAUGGAAAUGUUGCUCCUCAACGACGGACGACGAUCGUUCAAGUCUGGAGUUUGUGUCGGACAUCGACUCUCUGCAUUGGUAUCCAAUGCUGGUGCACACAAAGAGCGCCGGUGCUGCUGUCCAGAGGGACCCUGCCAACUUGACUGUCCAUUCAGGCAAGAGCUACACCGAGGAUGAGAGCAGAGGUCAAAAAACAGGGCCUCGUACAUCGGUUGGCCACCCACCUGCCGCCAAUAUGGGAGCCAAUGGGAAGCGUAGAACCAUGAGCUGCUACGAGGUGAUCACGCCCACCUCCCCUUUUGAACCUCCAGCUGCACCAACAAACGCACCACCAGAUUUGCCGCGCUACGACAGCGCAGCGGAUGUAAAUGCCGAUGCGCACAAUGCCAGGGAACGGAGCAGGAAGCCAACGGGCAUGAUGGACUACACGAGCCAUCAUUUUGAACAGCCCAGGCGGCUCGACAGUGCGCACAUAGGAUAG